GUCCCUCCUAGGGUGGAGGGAGCUGUGGGAGCUGCCACAGGGGCAAGAGCAGGCGCAGGGCUGGGGCGCCGCGAUGGCGAAUUCUCGCAGCGCUGCCCGGCGGCGGCGGGAGAGCGGCGCAUUGGCGUGUAUGAUCUCCGCCGAGGUAGGCGCAGUGCUGGCCACAAUGCGGCGCAACAGCCGCUGGGCCGGGAGGUAUGAAGAGCAGCUGGAUCACUCCCUGAUCUAUUCCCUCAAGCUCCUGAGGCGAUCUAUCUUCAGCUGGACGAAAAAGCCCUGGAAUUCCAUCAAUCCCUGCCUCUACCUCGCGCCUUUCCUGGAUGUGGUGAGAUCGGACGAGACAGGCGCCCCAAUCACUGGCACGGCUCUCAGCGCGGUCUACAAGAUCCUCACCUCGGAUGUGUUUGAUCUCCGGACCAGCCAUGUCGACGAGGCGAUGCAUGCGAUCGUCGAGUCCGUGACGAGCUGCCGGUUUGAGGUCACGGAUCCGGCGUCCGAGGAGGCUGUGCUCAUGAAGAUCUUGCAAGUUCUUCUGGCUUGCAUUGGCGGUGAUAUGGGGGCAGUGCUCGGGCACAGGGAUGUUUGCAACGUUGUCAACACGACCUUUCGGGUGGUUCAUCAGGCCGGGAACAAGAGUGAGCUCCUCCAGCGCGUGGCCAGGCACACCAUGCACGAGCUCGUGAGAGCCAUCUUUGGGCAUCUCUCCAGCAUGGAUCCUCUCGCCGGGAACAAUGGUUUGCUUGUUCCAUGGAGCAACGUCGAGAACAAUGUCGGUGUUGAAGCUGAUAUUGACGCGCCCGACUUAAGCAUUGUCGGUGUAGACUACCUUGGAAACGGGAAUGCCGAGCUAGCUACAGGCCUGCUGGUGAAAGUUAGCGAGGAAGGGAAGCUGAGAAACGGAGAAGAGGAGCAGAGGACAAUAGAGCCAUACGGAGUUCCAUGCAUGGUGGAGAUAUUUCACUUCCUGUGUUCUCUCUUGAACAUGGUCGGGCCGUAUGGUCUCGGCGAAAGUCUUGGUGGCACCGACGAGGAUGUUCCACAGUUUGCUCUCGCGCUUAUCAACUCGGCCAUCGAGUUUGGUGGUCCGUCGUUUGGAAAGCACCAGAGGCUAAUAAGUUUGGUUCGAGACGAGCUCUUCCGGAACCUCAUGCAAAUGGGACUGUCGAGCAAUCCCAUCAUCCUCUCGAUGGUCUGCAGCAUUGUGCUCAACCUCUACCACCACCUUCGCAGCUACAUCAAGCUCCAGCUCGAGGCGUUUUUCAGCUUUAUCAUCAUGCGGCUGGCACAGGGAAAGUUUGGGGCCUCGUACCAGCAGCAGGAGGUGGCUAUGGAGACACUGGUUGAUUUCUGCCGCCAGCCAAACUUCAUGCCCGAGAUGUAUGCGAACUUCGACUGCGACAUUACGUGCAGCAAUACUUUCGAAGAGCUCGCAAACUUGCUCUCCAAGAGUGCUUUUCCCGUCAACUGUCCGCUGUCGGCAAUGCACGUUUUGGCCUUGGAGGGACUUUUGGCCAUCAUACACAGCAUGGCGGACAGGGUAGACUCGGUUCCAGGUUCUCCACUGGAGCCCCCGACGUUCCUCGAGAUACAGGCGUACGUUCCAUUCUGGAACAUGCGUUGCGACGAUUACAAAGAACCAAGCUCCUGGGUGGAAUUCGUUCGGAAGCAGAAGUAUAUCAAGAGAAGGCUGAUGAUAGGAGCUGAUCACUUCAACAGGGAUCCGAAGAAGGGGCUGGAGUUUCUGCAAGGAAUCCACUUGCUUCCCGAGAAACUGGACCCCCAGAGCGUAGCAAGCUUUUUCAGGUACACGACUGGGCUUGACAAAAACCUGCUGGGGGAUUUCUUGGGUGACAGAGACGACUUUUGUCUUCAAGUUCUAGCGGAAUUCACUCGGACGUUCGACUUUAGCAGCACCAGUCUAGAUGCGGCACUUCGGACUUUCUUGGAGAGCUUCCGGCUACCUGGGGAAGCGCAGAAAAUCGAGAGGGUCAUGGAUGCAUUCUCUCAGAGGUACUGCGAGCAGUGCGUCAAUGUUUUUGCGAACAAGGACGCUGCUUUCGUGCUCGCAUACUCGGUGAUAAUGCUCAACACAGACCAGCACAAGCCCCAAGUAAAGAAGAAGAUGAGCGAAGACGACUUUAUCAGAAACCUCCGUGCUGCAAACGGUGGAGUGGAUUUUCCUCGGGAGAUGCUGAGCGAACUCUAUCAGUCAGUGGCGAAGAACGAGAUCCGAAUUUCAUAUGAUCUCGGGGCGGGCAUUCCCGAAAUGACACACAGCAGAUGGCUCGACUUGAUACGAAGGUCCAGGAAGACAAGUCCUUACAUCGUCUGCGACUCCCGGCCUUUCCUAGAUCACGACAUGUUUGCGAUCAUGUCGGGUCCGACGAUAGCCGCAAUCUCAGUCGUCUUCGAUCACGCGGAGGACGAGGAAGUUUUGCGAGGAUGCCUGGAUGGAUUCCUCGCUGUCGCAAAGAUAUCCGCCAGCCACCACCUUGAGGACAUCCUCGACGAUCUCGUGGUUUCGCUGUGCAAGUUUACCACGCUCUUGAACCCGACUGCCUCGAUGGAAGAACCAGUCCUGGCUUUCGGGGAGGAUAGCAAGGCAAGGAUGGCUGCAGUGACAGUGUUUACUAUUGCCAACAAGUACGGCGACUUCAUCCGUAAUGGCUGGCGAAACAUACUCGACUGCAUACUCCGACUUCACAAGCUCGGGUUGCUUCCUUCUCGUGUCACGAGCGAUGCAGCGGAUGAUACAGACGCGGCGAGUGAGUCUCAGGGGAAGAUGAUAGCCGGCGGACUUUCAGUGCCGCCUCUAGUCUCGGCUGGAGUUCGACGACGUUCUUCCGGACUGAUGAGUAGAUUCAGCCAGCUCCUGUCUCUGGAGGCCGACGAACCGAGGUCUCAACCGUCGGAGCAGCAGGUUGCAGCUCACCAGAGAAUUCUCCAGACGAUCGAGGCAUGCCACAUUGACAACAUCUUCUCCGAGAGCAAGUUCCUGCAAGCCGAGUCGCUCUUGCACCUCGCGAAGGCGCUCAUCUGGGCAGCAGGAAGGCCACAGAAAGGUACUAGCUCUCCCGAGGACGAGGACACCGCCGUAUUCUGCCUCGAGCUUCUCAUCGCGAUCACCUUGAACAACCGGGACCGUAUACUCCUCCUCUGGCAAGGUGUUUACGAACACAUGGCUGGGAUCGUCCAGACGACAGUCGUUCCAUGCCUUCUCGUGGAAAAGGCGGUGUUUGGCCUGCUGAGGAUCUGCCAAAGGCUGCUGCCUUACAAGGAGAACCUGGCGGAAGAACUCCUGCGGUCACUGCAGCUGAUACUGAAGCUGGACGCGAGAGUAGCCGACGCUUUCUGCGAGCGCAUCACGCAAGAGGUCAUGCAGCUCGUGAGAGCAAACGCUGGACACAUCAAGUCUCCCAUGGGGUGGCGGACGAUAUCGUCGCUCCUGUCGAUCACAGCUCGCCACCCAGAUGCUUCGGAGUCCGGUUUCGAGGCACUGUACUUCAUCAUGCACGACGGUGCGCACUUAACUCCGGCAAACUACGUUCUUUGCCUCGAUGCUGCUCGAGCUUUCGCUGAGACUCGCGUCGGCGGCGUCGAGAGAUCCCUGAAGGCUCUGGACCUGCUGUCUGAAUCAGUGAACUCGCUCAUCAAGUGGUCUCAAGUGGCGACUGGGGAAUCGGACGAGAACAAGGAAGACAGCGUGAGAGCCUCGCAGGAACUGGCGGAGAUGUGGAUCCGGCUGGCUCAGGGGCUGCGAAGAGUUUGCGGGGAGCAGCGGGAGGAAGUGAGGAACUGUGCCAUCCUUUCGCUGCAGAGAUGCCUGACAGCGGCGGAGAGCUUGCACUUGCCAGCCAUGGUUUGGAUCCAGUGCUUCGACCAGGUGAUCUUCGUGAUGCUGGACGACCUCCUGGACAUCGCUCUUAGGAACUCUCCGAAGGAGUACAGGGGGAUGGAAGGCACGCUCCACCACGCCAUGAAGUUUUUGUCCAAGAUCUUUCUCCAGUUUCUGGAUCAGCUCGCGCUGCUACCAAACUUCCGGGCCUUGUGGCUGGCGGUGCUGAGCCGGAUGGAGAUGUACAUGAAGGCCCGGCUGCGAGGCAAAGGCAGCGACAAGCUCCAGGAGCUCGUCCCGGAGCUGCUGAGAAACAUACUGCUGAUAAUGCACGCUCGCGGUGUGCUGGUCCAAGGCAGUACGUUGGGAGGAGACAGCUUGUGGGAGCUCACUUGGCAUCACGUCCAGACGAUAUCUCCGGCGCUCCAGCCAGAUAUCUUCCCGGAUGAGAAAGCUUCUUCCACACCAUCACCAGCACCAGUGACACCAGCGGUCUCGCAGGCAGUGGAUGAUCCAGCAGAGCAGCAACCAGCGGAGCAAGUCGAGUAAACAAAGAGUGAAGCGGGGAGUUUGUAGAGAAAACGGCGCGAAGUGUUGUACGGAAUUCGCUUGCGCGGCAAACUGCUACGCACAUCCAAACUUCAUAUAGAAAAUCCAGCCUCGGCUUUAAACUUUUUCGUGUUUGACUGUUUGUAUAGUAUCAAACAAAGCAAACAAUUCUACUUCUGAAAAAAUGCAGCUUUGAGAUCCAAAAUAUUGGCUAAUCGCAUUAUUGCCAUUAAAAAUAAAAUCUAAGAAUACAACAAGGCUAAAAAUUGUAAUUUUGGAUUU